GCUGCUCCCAGCCUCCCCCAGAGGCUCUCACCUGGGGGGGCCGGGAGUGGCUGGGGCACCCCCCUCCGCCUCGCCUUUCUCUCCUCCCCUCCGCCGCCUCCCUCCCUCCCUCCCUCGCUGCCCGCCUGCCUGGGAUGCUGGAAGGAGCCGGGCGGACCCGGCGGGGCGGCUCUGGGCGCGGGGGGCGGCUCGCACCGGCCCCGUUCCCGGCCCCGUUCCCGGCAGGGGGGCGGCCCGAGGGGGCUCUCUGCCGUCUCGGGGGUCCGCAGCCCCCGCCGGCCGCCGGUGAUGGCCAAGGAUGUCCUCGGAGGGGGAUGCCGAGGCGGCUGCUGAGAGCGGGCCGGGCAGCACCCCCGCCCCGGGGGCGGCCGCCGCCGAGCGGGAGGAGCAACGGCCCGUGAAGCAGUCUCUGAGUGCCUGCAUGUGCAGAGAGUCCCACUGGAAAUGCCUCCUUCUCUCCAUCCUCAUGUACGGCUGCCUGGGAGCAGUGGCCUGGUGUCAGCUGGCCAGGGUCACCAAGCUCAGCUUCGAUAGCUCCUUCAAGGGCAAGUCCAUGAUCUACCAUGACAGCCCCUGCUCGGACGGCUAUGUCUACAUCCCACUGGCCUUCCUUUCCAUGCUCUACGUGGUUUACCUGGUGGAGUGCUGGCACUGCCACGUCAAGAGAGAGCUGCAGUACAAGGCGGAUGUGGACAGUGUCUACGAAUGCAUCAACCGCAUGCAGCAAGCCACUCCGUGCAUCUGGUGGAAGGCCAUCAGCUACCAUUUCGUGCGGCGAACCCGGCAGGUGACCCGGUACCGCAAUGGCGAUGCCUACACCACCACGCAAGUCUAUCAUGAGAGGGUCAACACCCAUGUGGCUGAAGCUGAGUUUGAUUACUCUCACUGUGGGUACAAAGACAUCUCCAAGGAGCUCCUGGGCCUGGAGAGCUACACAGCCACCAAGCUGAGGUUCACCAAAUGCUUCAGCUUUGCCAACAUUGAGUCUGAGAACUCUUACCUGACCCAGAGAGCUCACUUCUUCACAGAGAUCGAGGGUCUGGAUGACUACAUGGAGGUGAGGGAAGGCAUGCAGCUCAAAAACGUGGACUUUAAAGAGCUUAUGAUGGCCUAUGGGGACCCAGAUCACCUCCCAUGGUACGUGUCCCACUACGCUUUCUGGGUGGCUGCCAUCCUGAUGAUCUCGUGGCCGCUCAGGGUACUGAUAGAGUAUCGAACUGCAUACGUCCACUACCACGUGGAGAAGCUGCUGGGCCUGGAGUACACAGCACCCACUGCGGUGGAGGAGCCCCUCUACAGGUACCGCAUGCCCCGAGAUGCCACGCAGGACAGCACAGAGUUGGAGUGGCACAUCUGCACCAACCGGCAGCUGAUCCCCAGCUACUCGGAGGCCAUGCUGAUGGACCUGGCCGACUCCCCGGCGUACAACAGCUACACAGUGUGUCGGUACAGCGAAGCGGCCCAUGGCUGCGAGCGCUGCAACCGCACCUCCAGCACCUCCUCCAUCUUCUCACGCCACGCUUUCCACAGCUGCAGCGGCAACUCCCGCCUGUCCCUCAACACCAGCCGCUUCUCCCUCUGCCGCGUCCAUGGCUCCCACAGGACAGGCCUCUGGAGGAGCCACAGCAGCAGCAUCGCUGACCGGGGCUGCCACGACGAGCAGUGCUGCUCCUACUCCAGCCAGCUGGCUGUCAACGAAAACCCUCCAACCUACCACGAUGCCCGCUUCUUCCCCGUCUUGAUCGUGCACAGGCCAGAGGGGCACGACGGACGGCACUUCUAUGUCAGACGCUCCUCCUGUCUGGAAACGUCUCUGUGAUGGGCCCCCGUGGUUUCUUGGCUCCUCUGCCCUGGGACAGCUUAACUGCUGUGGUUGCAGAGGUGCCACAAGCCUGCAAACGUCAGUCUGCAGGAUGAGCUGUGGAUUUCAGUUCAAAACCUGCCAUUGCACGAGGAUAUGGUCACCCUGACAAGUGGCCAACCUCAUUUCCAAAGCUUAUUUUCCUCUCCCAUUGGUCUUCCUGUUCAUUUAUCCCCUCUUCCUUUCGCUCUUUUACUCCUCACUAUUUCUUUGUUCCUUGGGUCUCUGCCUCUUCUCCCAUCCCACUUUUUCUUUUACGUUUCAAUCAGUCUUUGACAGCUGUUUCCACAGGAGGAUUCAUAAAGCCCGUGUUUUGCAGUGCAUUUGCCCUCUUGGAUGCCCUGCAAGGUAAGACACUCAGAGACAGCAAGGACAAGCGAGGCACUGAAAGGCCUGCGGCCAGUCAAUGUCAAGUCAGGAGGAGAAUUCAGAUGCACAGGCUCUGAGUUACCUGCAGCAAACCCCAAACAAAACUUUUUAAAAAUUUAUUUUCACCAGACACUUUCUCUUCUCUCUCUACCUUUAUCUUCCUGUUUCGGUUUUCUCAUUUCUGCUUUCCAAUUUUUCACUGGGUCUUUCUGGGGUUUUGCCAGGUGUUUUUCAGCCUGUAAUUGGUUUCCAUUGCCCCAAGAUUAGGUAUUUGCAGCACAAAUUUCACUGACCACUGACACAGCCACAAGAUAUGCCCCUGAGAAGUGCUGAAGACUUUCACCACAGAUUAGUGAGACACAUGAAUAAAGCAAAAAGCAUGCCCUUUGCUGACCUUGCCCUGCCUGGUCUGUGGCAGAGAUGCUGCUGCAUUUCCAGCUGUAGUUAACCUCAUUCAGCUCCACCAGUGUUAGCAGUUGUCGAGAGCCGUAAUGUAGAUCAGUGCCCUGUUAGUGCCACUAUUUUUAGGACUGUAGGUCAGGUUUGUGGUUAUUUCAUUCCUACCACUUGCUCAGAGCUUCAAGGGCUGGAAAAGGAGAGAGGGGCCGGGGAGGGAAAGGUAAAGGUGGUGUUAACCCACCACAACCCACCCACUGGUAGUUCAGAGGCUCUUCCUGCACAGCUUCCCCAUGAGCAGGUGCAGAGCUUUCAGUAAACUGUUAGAUUAGCCCAGCAGGGUCACAUCCAGGAGGUGGCCGGUCCUGGCAGAGCCAACUGAGUCCUCCCAAGAGCCAGGGACUGACCCAGGAGCUCCUGGCCAUGCCCAGGACCCAUAAGGUACCCUACAGGCUUCCAAACCUCUGUCCCACAAGGGACGGCCAUGCACUGAGCAAGCUCUGUACCAUUUCAUCGCGUGGAUGGCAGAGAUGGGCAUCAACCAUGACUCGCAGGGGAACGCAAUACAAUCGCAAUACAGUAACUGUCAAAAACAAAGUGUUGUAGCUCCCUGCGGCAAGUAGGUCAGGAACCAGGGGGCUGGCAACAAAUGCUUCCUCCCGAGUCAGUUCUGUGUGUAUCUAUGUGCAAGAUGAGAUUUGUAAAGUCAUAUCGGUAUGUGUAGAGUAUAUAUAACUGCAUACUUAUAUGGUGAUUUCUUAUGGCAUUGACUGUUGCACCAUGUUAAAUAUAUUUUGUUUUGGUUUGAUGACUC